GCGUGGUCUAUGCAACAUAUAAAGGCCACCGCCGCCCAGAAUUGAAUCGUCAGCUGAAAAUGGACAUCUCACAUGUUUUUAUCCUCUUGGUGGGGGUCGCACUCGUCAAGUUCCUGCAUCAACUAUUCACCAAUCCAUUAUUUUCUCUCCCUGGACCAUGGCAUACGAAUUAUACACAGAUUGUCUUCGACUAUCAUUGGCUAAAGGGCAAUCGAACACGUUAUGUCCACGCCCUUCAUCUCAAAUAUGGUCCCAUCGUCCGUAUAACACCAGAUGAAGUCUCCUUCAGCGACCCCGAAUCAGUCAAGCAAAUAUACCGCGUCAAAGGCGGAUAUAGAAAGUCACCGUGGUAUGAAAGUUUCAGCGCAAACGGCACGGCGGAUUUAUUCAGUACAUGCGAUACUGCAUUCCACAGUAAUCGGAAGCGACUACUGGCUGGACCACUUUCGGAAACAUCAAUGAAGCAGACGGAGCCGUUGGUGGAUGGGAGCGUGAAGCUUGCGAUUGAGAAGAUGCAAAGGGAAAUGGCGUCGCGGGGGGUGGUCGAUGUGUUCAAGUGGUGGCUGUUUAUGGCGAGUGAUAUCGUCGGGGAACUCACUUUUGGAGAGUCAUUCAGGAUGCUGGAAUUGGGGAGGAAAAACCAAUACAUCCACGAUCUCCAACAAGGCAUCAGAUUCGGAGCUCUCCAGACCCAAUUUCCCGCAUCAUUCAAGCUACUCGGAUAUCUCCAACUUCCCAUGCUGAAGCAAGGAUACGAAGCAUUCGGCCGUCUAGGCAUGUACGCCAAAGACUCCAUCCAGCGAUACAAAAGCAUGAUAGAAUCGAAUCCCACCAACCCCAAGACGACCUUCUUCACGAAACUAUUCAACGCAAAGGCCGACGGCCUCAGCGAUAUCGAAAUCCAAAACGAAGCGCAAAGCUUCAUCAUCGCAGGCAGCGACACGACCGCAAACACACUCACCUAUAUCGUAUGGUCCGUUUCGCGGAAUGACAAAGUGAAAGCGAGACUGCUGCACGAGCUGCGUUCGCUGCCCGAUGGAUUCGGGUAUGAAGACCUGCGCAAAGUGCCGUAUCUUGACUGUGUCAUCACCGAGACGCUACGGCUAUACGCACCCUCUCCGUCUUCGCUGCCUCGUGUUGUGCCGCCGGAAGGGGCGGAGUUGGCGAAUUAUCGCAUCCCGGGUGGUACGACGGUGUCGUCCCAGGCGUGGAGUUUACAUCGUGAUCCGGUUGUCUUUCCAAACCCCCAACAAUGGAUUCCGUCACGAUGGGAAAACCCCAGCAAAGAAAUGCAAGACGCCAUGAUGCCAUUCGGGGCCGGUUCUCGAAUCUGCGUGGGUCUUAACCUAGCACGAAUGGAAAUCUGCCUAGCAGCAGCGCGAUUCUUCCUGGCCUUUCCCGAUUCAAGGGUAUCGUGUAAAGAAGAUAUGAGGGAUGAGGAUAUGGAGGCCGAAGUGUUCUUUCUUCUGUCGCUAAAGGGAAGUAGGUGUUUGAUUGAGGUUUAGUCGUGAUUAUAAUGGGAAAUGAUGAAAAGUGGCUUAUAAAGCGAUGCAUAUAAAUGAAAAAAAUUGAAUGGAUUAUAUGUUGGAACUUGGAAGUUCUGCUCAGUAUCUAUACAACUGUAGGGUAGAAUAUACCACUUUGGUCCCGGC